AUGAUAUGUUUAAAAACUCAAUAUUUCAGUCUCAAUAGAAUUCUACUGCUCGCUAUUGGUUUGUGGCCCUAUCAACAAUCCAAAUUCACACAAUGCCAAUUUAUUUUCCUUUUUGGUAUUUUAUCGACAUGCAUUAUAUUUAUGGUGAAAAAGUUGUUAAUAAAACUUCAAGAUAUAUGUAAUGAAUUGAAAGAUAAAAAUGAAAUUGCUAUCAUAGAAGAAUAUGGAUACGUAGCAAAACGUUAUACGCUUGCACUUAUAAGUAAGAAUUUGUCGUCUGAGAAAACUAGUAAAGAAGUUUAUUUACCUAUAAUAAUUGUAGGUGCUAAUAUCAUAUAUCUAUUCCUAGCCAAUUCUAUUGGACAAGAUAUUACAGAUCACAAUGCUUAUGUAUUUGCUACUGUAUACAAAGUUCAAUGGUACGUAACUCCUAUAGGCAUUCAGAAAAUGUUACUCUUCCUAUUGCAAAAAGGCACUAAAGAUUUCAUUAUGAAUGUCGGAGGAUUUUUUUUUCCAUCUUUGGAGUGCUUUGCCAUGGUAAGAAAACAAAGCUACAAUAUAUUAUAUUAAAUGUUAUAUUAAAUGAACAAUGGUAAUGUCCUUGCUUGCAGUUGAUGAAGGCUUCUGUAUCUUACUUUACUGUCAUACUAUCUACACAAUGAUGAAACAAAUAUAAACAGAAUAAGAAUAUAUAAAAAACAAGUAUUUAAUAAAAGGAAAGUAGUAUUUUUCAUAUGUAGAAAAUAGAAAAUUCUAUUCUGAUUACAUAAUCUAGUUUCUAAGAUUUUGUUAUUUAAAAGACACAGAAAAUCAAAAGAAUUGAAUCCAAAUCCAUUACUACAUCAAAUUUUUGUAAAUUUAGGUACUGCACGUGUCCAAAAUUAGGUACUGUCUUAGAUAUAUCAAACAUAAAUAAUAUAAACAAAUUUAAUUAUUCUAUGUUGAUGUUUUUUUAUUAUA